AUGUCGAGCGGCACACAAUUGGACACCAACCCCGGUGAGACCAUGCGUCUGGCCGUAGAACGAUUUCGCACCAAAAUGGAGUCCUCAAAUCGGCAGUUCAUUCAAGACCGCAUCAAUGAGAUCGAAGCUAUGCAUCUCUCGACCGAAAAAGAAAAAUUGAGAAUUAUGUCUCGCUACUGGGAUAACUUGGGAGAUAAGGGUCAGAGUAACUGGAGUGAUGAUGCACCCAGAGACAUGGUUCGGCAAGCUCGCGAGAUGGCAAAUGUCUCGCGAUUACAAGACCUGAAGACCACAUUUCAUGAGCAUAUGGAUGGGGUCAAUCCGACGACGCUGGUGACAGAUGAAUGGCGCCAAAUGUUUCUUGAGACCCUCGAAAGUGUGUGUAACAAAGCCGCUGAGAAAUAUGGGGAUCAUAACUUCCAUAUACCAAUAUGUGAUGAUCUGGGUCACUUCAUCAAAUACGCCAAUGGUGUCCAAGAUCCGGACUUCCGUCACUCGGGGAUAUGUCCGUGGAAGCCCGUGCCUUAUAUUGGAAUCCGUCAUUAUGCAUUUCCGGAUCGCCCGAGUAUCCGAGCACUGCCUCUUCCGGAUAUAGCGAAAUCUCGAGACCAACUAAAGCGCUAUCUUGAAUACAGCCUGCUAGGUGAGGAUUUUAUUUACAGCACUUUCGACAAAGACUUAGAGGUGAAGGUCGGGCUUCACACUGGCUGCGGCUUGCGUCGAGGAUACGAUGAAUGGUAUAGCGCCUAUGUCUAUUGUCGUCGAUACGAGGAUGACCCUGAUCCAAGUCACAAGGAUUGGGCAUGGCGGGUUGUCAUUUUUCACGCUGGUGGCGCCAACCCAACCUUGUAA